CGGGGCGGCGGGAGCCGGCCGGAGCGUGGAAGAAGGGGGCUGCGCCGCCACUGCCGCCACCUCCUCCUCCUCCUCCUCCUCCUCCUCCUCCUCCUCCUCCUCCUUCUCCGCCCGUACGGGAGCCGCGCGUCGCAGACACCGGCCCCGGGGGGCGGGCAGUGUUAAAAGGCAAAAUGGUCCAUGCUGAAACCUUCUCACGCCCCCUGAGCCGGAAUGAAGUGGUUGGAUUAAUUUUUCGUUUAACGAUAUUUGGUGCUGUAACGUACUUUACCAUUAAAUGGAUGGUUGAUGCCAUUGAUCCGACCAGAAAGCAAAAAGUAGAAGCUCAGAAACAGGCUGAAAAGCUAAUGAAGCAAAUUGGAGUGAAAAAUGUCAAGCUUACUGAAUAUGAAAUGAGCAUUGCUGCACAUCUCGUAGACCCACUAAGCAUGCAUGUAACCUGGAAUGAUAUUGCAGGCUUAGAUGAUGUUAUUACAGACUUGAAAGACACUGUCAUCUUGCCCAUCAAGAAGAAAUACUUGUUUGAGAAUUCCAGGCUCUUACAGCCACCAAAAGGAGUACUUCUCUAUGGCCCUCCUGGUUGUGGCAAAACAUUGAUCGCCAAGGCUACAGCAAAGGAAGCAGGCUGUCGAUUUAUUAAUCUCCAGCCUUCAACGCUGACUGACAAAUGGUAUGGAGAGUCUCAAAAACUGGCUGCUGCUGUCUUCUCCCUUGCUAUAAAGCUCCAACCGUCCAUCAUUUUUAUUGACGAAAUAGAUUCCUUCUUACGAAGUCGUUCGAGUUCUGACCAUGAAGCUACAGCUAUGAUGAAAGCUCAGUUCAUGAGUCUGUGGGAUGGACUGGACACUGAUUAUAACUGCCAGGUAAUAGUGAUGGGAGCCACCAACCGUCCUCAGGAUCUUGACUCUGCAAUCAUGAGAAGAAUGCCGACCCGGUUUCACAUCAACCAACCUGCUCUGAAACAAAGAGAAGCAAUCCUGAAGCUAAUUUUGAAAAACGAAAAUGUGGACAGGCAUGUAGAUCUCCUAGAAGUUGCUAAAGAGACUGAUGGCUUCUCAGGAAGUGAUCUGAAAGAAAUGUGCCGGGAUGCAGCACUCCUCUGUGUCAGGGAAUACGUUAAUUCUGCAUGUGAAGAAGAGAACCAUGAUGAAGACGAAAUUCGGCCUGUGCAGCAGCAGGAUCUCCACAGGGCGAUCGAGAAGAUGAGAAAAUCAAAGGAUGCCACGCUUCAGAAUGUUUUGAUGCAUGUUAGUUUAGAUUAAGACUAAAGAGUGCGUUUGCAGUUUCUGAUGUGAUUUGGUUUAUAUUCUGUAAUCAACAAAAACAAUGUAAGGGGGUGGGAGUGGGGUUGUUCCCUGAAAAAGGGAGUUCUCUUUCUGGAAUUGUUUUUAUACAACAAAAUCUAAGUUAUUGCAAUGUUGUCAUGCACAACUGAAUAUGUAAUAAUAGAUCAAGUGGAACAAUUAUAGCUCAGACCAAGAGCAGCUGCCUGUGUCUUGUCCCAUAAUCGAUACACUGUAGCCUUAAAGCAGGUUCUGAUGUGGUACAUGGGUUCACUGGGUCACCUAUGUGGAGGGAAGAUGAUUCGUUACCAGUUGGUGUAAAUACGUAUGAGCAUGUGUUCAUGUAUUAAAUGUAUAUAUCCACACAUUUUUUUUAUAUGUAGACAUAACCUGUAGAUAACGAGUAUGGAAAAUCUUUUCUACUUCCUGAAUCAAACUAAAUCAGAAGAUGUAUAGAUUAAAGACUCAUCGAUACCCAAUUCACAUUUACUUCUUCCUUUUAGCAGCAAAUAAUGAAGGUAGAAAUUUUGCUUCUAGGCAAAAUUUGAAAUGUUACUAUAUUUUCUCUCACAUUACCACUUGAAAUCUGGUGCCAUUUACUAAAGAUAGUGAACUACUGUACAAAUGUUUGAAUACUUUUAAUUUUGUAUGAAUCUUGCUUUUUGAGGCAUUUUAAUGGUGUUUUUAUUUUUCCCUCUGAUGUGAGUAGAGUAGAAUCUUCUUAACUGGUCUCUCAUUAAGCCCCACAUAUUAUAAACUUUAUGAAAUUGUGCUUUCUGAUUUCUUAUGCGUUGUAAUGAGGGUUUGCUGCUAUUUAAUUGUCUCUGGAAGACCCACGGCUGCACGGUGGCAUUGUACCAUGAAGAAUUGUACACAUACUUUGACUAGGGUGAGGGGAGAUGUUUUUUAAUGUUUUGCUCUGUCACGUAUGUGCUCUGAUGUGCAAAACUGAAGGCAACGAAGAAUUAAUUUUAGGUUUAUAAAUGAUUUAGAAAAGUUCUGCUGUAUUUGCUGGUAACAGUUUAGUAAAUUCAUGUAACGUUAUGUAGUGAUAAAGGCAAAGCGUUAAAAUAUAAGUGGCAAAGUGUUUCAGUAAAGUUAUUGUCAGUAGGUUUUAAAUAAUUUAAUUUUCUCCUUAGAAUGUUGUGCCCAAAUUUAAUGCAACUAUGUAAUCAUAAUUGUUCGACCCAGGGGGAAGGUACACUGUCACAGCUCUGCUAACUACAGAGGAAAGGUAAGCAUUGAAAGCAAGAUAGUGAUGUAAAAUGAAACAAUCUGCAAAGUAAAAUAAAGACUUGGAGCCAGCUGGCAUAC